GUGAUGCCUUUAAACUCGCGCCAUUUUCUCAACACGUUCUCAUUCUGUCGCAGUCUGCGUCACGUUCAGCACCCGUUCUUUGGUCCCGAGAAAACUCUGAGAUUUUCAACAUGUCUGACGAGGGAAAGCUAUUCAUUGGUGGCCUGAGUUAUGAUACCACCGAGCAGUCUUUGGAAGACGCCUUUUCCAAAUAUGGAACAAUUGCCAAAGUCGAUGUCAUCAGGGACCGAGAAACUGACCGUUCCAGAGGUUUUGGCUUUGUAACAUUCGAGAAUCCCGAGGAUGCUAAAGAUGCCAUGGCUGCAAUGAAUGGGAAGUCUGUCGAUGGCCGUAUGAUCAGAGUUGAUGAAGCUGGCAAGUCUGGUGGAAGAUCUGGUGGCUUCAGAGGUGGUUCUGGAGGUGGCAGAGGCUUCUUCAGGGGUGGCAGAGGUAGAGGUGGUGGAAGCUAUGGUGGGGACAGAAGUUUUGGUGGUGAGAGGAGCUAUGGUGGUGACAGGAGCUAUGGUGGUGACAGGAGCUACAGCGGUGGUGAUAGAGGCUAUGGUGGUGGUGGUGACAGGAGCUACGGCGGAGGUGAACGAUCCUACGGUGGUGGCGGAUACUCCUCCAACAGGAGUGGAGGCUACUCCAGUGGCGGAUACAGAGACAACAGUUCUUAAUCUCGCUUGAAUUGUAGGAACCAGGGAGGUUACGACCGUUCCGGUGGCUCCUACAGAGAUAACUAUGACAGCUACGCUUCACAGUAAAAAAUUCCUGAUUGCAAGAUCAUCACUUCGCUGGCUGUAUUUAAAAAGAUGUGCUCUUCGAAGACCUUUUAUUUUUUGCUUUUUUUUGUUUUCUGGUUCAAGUGUUCUAUUAAAAAGACUCCUUUUUUACUGUGUUAAGUAUCCGCAGGAUGUUCCUCUCACUGAGGCACUACCUAAAAAUCCUUGAGCAAUUACUGUAAAAGCCUGUUGAGGUUCCUGUACCCAUCAUUUUACCUUGCGAUGCGUUAUGGAUGCUCGCAGGGGCUUGAAAUUGUCUUUGUUUUUCCAUUUUAGUAUGUGUUUGAGAAACUGUCUCUGAACCAUGCGUGAAAAUUUGACCUGUCCAACACAGCCUGAUAGCUUCUAAGACCAAUUGUUUUAAAAAGAUCUUUUGGACCAUUCUUUAGUCGCUCACUAAAAGCGCCAAGGGUCAUUAAUGUUAAAGGAACUGAGUUUUAAAGCGGCAGUUUCGCCACAAAAUAUUCUAAUCCGAUCCUCAAUAGAAGCUUGAUAAGCUGUGAUGUGUUCUUUAUGGCUCCUUGCCACCUCCAUUUUGUGAUGCAUUCCUUUAGUGAAGCAAGGCAGGCAUAUUGCAAACCUUGACAUUGCUAAAGAUUUGUAAAUAUUCAUCAUCCAAAGAGUAAACUACACAAAUGGCUUAUUUGGCCCCUUUUGGGGGCUUUGUUGUAUUCCUCUUCAUGUCCCGGGGUACUUUGCUCUUUGGGUAGUCUAAAUUUUUUUUAAGUAUGCUCUACUGUGGACUGAAAUUAUCCUCUUAAAUGUCAAGAUUUUGUUCCUUCUGGGGGAAGAAAUGUGCUCUUUUCUGUAUAUCAACACUUCAACAAUUCCUUUUCUUUUUUGUAUUAAUCUGGCUUCAUGAAGCCCAUUAAAAAGUGGAUGGAAAAUG